ACGAGCAACUUCAGUUGCCGACGGCACUUGAAUACAGCACCAUAACCGCUGUCGUUCUUGAGAAAGAAGGAGAUGGCGGACUAAGGGGGAGAACCAUAAAUAUCUUCUGUUUCGUCGGAAAUAUUUAUUUUACUCAGAUAUAUAUUCGCAACUGAAUUAGGAAGAGGACGUGUUGCACACCAGAUUCUUCUUCCACAAUGGCAGAACAAAACAGUAACGUCAGAUAUCAGGAGCUGGUGAACGAGGAGGAGCCGGUGGAGCCGUCCCAGGAGACUUCAGCCCAAGACGCCCCACCACCUUACAGCAGCAUUGCUGCAGCAAACGCAGCCUUUUUUGAAAACAAGGAAGAUGGAGGAAGGUUUCCCAACCCUCCUUCUUACAGCGUUGCCACCACUUUACCCUCCUACGACGAAGCUGAGAGAAGCAAAGCCGAGGCUGCCGUCCCCCUGGUCACUGGAAGAGUCUCGGAUGAAGACUUUGUGGCCAGAGAUGACUUUGAAGAUGCUGAUCAGCUGCGAAUAGGAAACGACGGCAUCUUUAUGCUCACUUUCUUCAUGGCGUUCCUCUUCAACUGGAUUGGCUUCUUCUUGUCGUUCUGUUUGACCACAUCAGCUGCUGGUCGGUAUGGAGCCAUCUCAGGCUUUGGCCUGUCCCUCAUCAAAUGGGUCCUCAUCGUCAGGUUUUCCACCUAUUUCCCUGGUUACUUCGAUGGUCAGUACUGGUUGUGGUGGGUGUUCCUGGCUCUUGGUUUCAUGCUCUUCAUCAGAGGCUUCGUUAACUACUCCAGAGUGCGCAAGUUGGUUGAUCCCGCUUACGGCAACCUCCCCAGAACAAGAGUACUUUUCAUUUAUUAGAGACGUGAAAGGACAAGGUGCACAGAAAAUGUGUUUGAAAUUCCCACGAAGAAACCGGCAAUCGUCCAGAAGAGUUCUAGAUAAAGACAACUCAUGGCGGUAACACAUUCAGGAACUAUAUGACUUGUUUUGAUUCUUUAUUAAUACAACAUGGUUAAUGGUCUCUUAAUGUAUUAAUUAGUGGCAAAUGUUAAGUGCUAUUUACACCUGUCUGUACCGUACGAGUAAAGCCUUAUGUCAUUUGAUGGUAGCAUACGAGCAUGCUUCUGCCCGCCACGUUCAUAAUUAGAGCCCCGCGUUGAAGCCAGCAGGUAAUAAUAAUUAGUGCAACGCUGUAGAUUUGCCUUAGCAUGCAGCUCACUGUGUAACGUUCACUAACGCCACUUGUUUUAGACUCGGGGGGUCACCAGAAAAGGCAAGCUGUAGGUGCUGUAGACGUGGUUCUGUAUUUCACUCACCUGAUGGCUGGAAGCUCUGCGUUCGCCUGCUGAUUUCAGUCUCCAUUUUAAAUCGCUGCCGUCCACCAAACCAUGUCGGUGGAUACAAAAAUACCAAAACGAGACCUAUGUCGCAUUCUACUUGUUUUAUUUUUGUUGCUGUACAUUGAUUUGAGGUGAAAUGAUCCACACCUGGAAGCAGAUUUUAAGUUGAGAUGCUCUUUAAUGAUCCAUACUUGAAUUUUUGUAGGAAGGUCUGAACCUGCAAAUGUCCAGAAACGAACCUCUAAACGGCCUCUUUGACAGCAUCGCCUCCUGAAUGUUUGUUCUGUGACUGCAACCGUUUUUCUGAGCACGUGAGCUCAUGUUUGAUCCGUCUUUGAAUAAAAAAAUUAAACGUUAGUCCGACCUCUUGAUGACUCUCGAGUGAGUCAGUGAAUAUUUCCUUCACUGAUUAUAGAAAUAUCUGUUUUCUGUCUGAGUUUUGGUCUUUUAAGAAGACGGAUGGAUCAAAUUACAUGACGAGCGUUAAAAUAACUUAAAUUCCGCCUCCAAGUGUUUUUUUUGUUUGUUUUUGCCUGAAGAUUUAAUGAGCAGAUGGUAAAAUUAGUUUAGUUCUUCUUUCAACUUUCUUCAUUCUGUGUUUGAAGUUCAGUAUCAAUUAUAUCAAACAAUGUUUGCAGCUGCACUUUUAAAUGCUAAACCAAUAAAACCCCGAGGUUGUUCCCAUUAAUGUAUUAAACCACACACAAACUGAUUAAAUCACCAUUUAACUUCUGCCAUGGCUUUGAUUAAAAACCAAUUAUGCUUGUUUCUAUGUGACGUAGAGCUGAAGUGUUGGAGUUUUGUUGUGUAACUGUACAGAAAAUAUUUAGUGUUAAAUAAAUAUCACUUUA